AUGGACACAACAUUGCCGGACGCCUUUGCUCCCCCGCAAUCAAGCUCUUCUGCUGCACAGGGAAAUGGGGUCCCCGAAGACGCCGUGAACGUCAAUGGAGCUGCUCCCUUCGUCAAAGUCGAUGAUCCCCCGAAGUUUGAUCUGGAGUCAUAUAUCGCAAAUUACACCGGCCGAACCCGAUUUGAUCGUCUCUAUCUCAUUGGCACCUGCUCCACGUUGCUAUCCACCGACGCGCUCAAAGUCGCGGUUGCCGAAGCUAAAUCCGGGAAAGAUGUUGCUCGUUACGAAAAAGCAGUCCGAGCCCUGUCGGAGGUGGCUCCGAAUGAACCUGAUGCCAAGCUGGACUUGGCGUGGGUGAAGGACACUCAGCGACGGGUGAGGGCCGAGGGCGAUCGGCUGGAACUCGAGUUGCGAGGGUACAAGAACAACUUGAUCAAGGAGAGCAUUCGGAUGGGCAAUGAGGAAUUGGGAACUCACUACCACCAGACAGGAGACACCGUCUCAGCGUCGAAAGCGUACUCCCGCAUGAGGGACUACUGCACAACACCAAACCAUAUCGCCUCUAUGCUGUUCAAAUUGAUCAACGUGGCGGUUGAGCGCGGGGAGUGGCUGAGUGUGCAGUCCAAUGUGCACCGACUGCGCAACGCUCAGUCCAAGCCGGAAGACCAAGCCAAGAAUCAGCCCAAGAUUUCUGCCGCUCUUGGUCUGGCACAGAUGCACUCCGGAUCGUUCCUCGAGGCUGCGAAUAGCUUCUUAUUGACCGACCCGAGCCUGGGCGACACCUAUAACGAAACGAUCACCCCGAACGACAUCGCUGUCUACGGUGGCUUAUGCGCGCUGGCUUCCAUGGACCGAGUCGAACUUCAACGUCGCGUGCUGGAAAAUAAUUCCUUCCGCAACUUCCUUGAAUUGGAGCCGCACAUUCGUCGUGCGAUCACCUUCUUCUGCAAUUCUAAAUUCCGGCUCUGUCUUGAUAUCCUGGAGGCCUACCGGGCUGAUUACCUUCUCGACCUCCAUCUCCAGCGCCAUGUCAGCGCUCUGUACUCCCGCAUCCGCACCAAGUCUAUUGAGCAGUAUCUAGUUCCCUUCAGCCGCGUGACUCUCGAGUCUAUGGCAACCGUCUUUGCCCCCGAGGUGGUCGGCGGAGAGGCUCGACCAACCAGCGCAAAUUCACCUUUCGUGCAGGAACUCAUCUGUCUCAUCAAGGAUGGCGUGCUGGAUGCUCGAAUUGAUUUGGAGAAAGGGGUUCUGGUCUCAAACCAGACUGAUCUGCGAACAGAGGUGCAGCGAAACACGCUGGAGAGCCUGCGCAGCUUUAAUGAAGAGGCUCACAUGCGGAUCCUGCGCACCAGUGUUCUUCACGCGGGUCUCGAGGUUCGGUCCCAUGACAGAAAGGAAGGUCAAUCAUUGGCAAAGGGACUGUCAGGGAGACACUCCCGCGGCGCCGGCAUCCUUGGUUAG